GCAGCCCCGGCGGUGCCGCUCCCGGCGCUGGGCGGGGGGGCCGGGCCGGGCCGGGCGGGGCCGCGCAGGUGGAGCGGCCCCAUGGAGCGGCCGAAGAUGGCGGAGCUGGAGAGCCUGGAGACGGCGGCGGAGCACGAGCGGAUCCUGCGGGAGAUCGAGAGCACGGACACGGCCUGCAUCGGCCCCACGCUCAGGUCCGUGUACGAUGGUGAGGAGCACGGGCGCUUCAUGGAGAAGCUGGAGGCGCGGAUCCGCAACCACGACCGCGAGAUCGAGAAGAUGUGCAACUUCCACUACCAGGGCUUCGUGGAUUCCAUCACUGAGCUCCUCAAAGUCCGGGGGGAAGCCCAGAAACUCAAGAACCAAGUGACGGACACCAACCGGAAGCUGCAGAAUGAAGGGAAAGAACUGAUCCUGGCCAUGGAGGAGCUGAGGCAGUGCCGGCUGCAGCAGAGGAACAUCUCGGCCACGGUGGAUAAACUCACGCUGUGUCUCCCCGUGCUGGAGAUGUACAGCAAGCUGCGGGAGCAGAUGAAAUCCAAGAGGCACUACCCAGCCCUGAAAACCCUGGAGCACCUGGAGCACACCUUCCUGCCCCAGGUGAGCCACUACCGCUUCUGCAAGGUGAUGCUGGACAACAUCCCCCGCCUGCGCCAGGAGAUCAAGGAGCUCUCCAUGUCCGACCUCAAGGAUUUCCUGGAGAGCAUCCGCAAACACUCGGAUAAGAUCGGAGAGACCGCCAUGAAACAGGAUUGCAGAUUCAAUCCUUGGAAAAUAAUUGCCAGGAUAUUCUUCAGUCUCCUGCUCUCUCCAAACGUUCAGGCACAGCAGCAGAGAAACCUGGACAACAUCGUGUCCCAGCAGCCCAGGAUUAGCGGGGGGAAGAAAUCCAAGAAGGAAUUCAGCGCCAGCUCCGAGCUGGAGGUGAAGAACACCAGCCCCAUGUCGGAGCAGGAUUCGGGGAUCCUGGAUGUGGAGGAUGAGGAUGAGGAGGAAGAGGUGCCGGGAGCCCAGGAUUUGGUGGAUUUCUCCCCAGUUUAUCGAUGCCUCCACAUCUACUCCGUCCUGGGAGCCCGGGAGACCUUUGAGAGCUACUACAGGAAGCAGAGGAGAAAACAAGCUCGGCUGGUGCUGCAGCCUCCCUCCAACAUGCACGAAACUUUAGACGGCUACAGGAAGUAUUUCAAUCAAAUUGUAGGGUUUUUUGUGGUGGAGGAUCACAUCCUGCACACGACCCAGGGCCUGGUGAACCGCGCCUACAUUGAUGAGCUGUGGGAGAUGGCCCUGUCCAAAACCAUCGCGGCCCUGAGGACUCACUCCUCCUACUGCUCUGACCCCAGCCUGGUGUUGGACCUGAAGAACCUCAUCGUGCUCUUCGCUGACACGCUCCAGGGCUACGGCUUCCCCGUGAACCAGCUCUUCGACAUGCUGCUGGAGAUCCAGGACCAGUACAGCGAGACCCUGCUGAAGAAAUGGGCAGGAGUGUUCAGAAACAUCCUUGACUCAGAUAACUACAGCCCCAUCCCGGUGUCAAAUGAAGAAGUUUAUAAGAAAAUCGUUGGACAGUUCCCAUUCCAGGACGCUGAACUUGAAAAGCAACCCUUCCCAAAGAAGUUCCCCUUCUCGGAGUUCGUGCCCAAGGUCUACAGCCAGAUCAAGGAGUUCAUCUACGCCUGCCUCAAGUUCUCCGAGGACCUGCACCUCAGCUCCACCGAGGUGGAUGACAUGAUCAGAAAAUCCACAAACCUGCUGCUGACCCGGACCCUGAGCAACUGUUUACAGAACGUGAUCAAGAGGAAAAACGUUGGACUGACAGAGCUCGUCCAGAUCAUCAUCAACACCACCCACCUGGAGAAAUCCUGCAAGUUCCUGGAGGAGUUCAUCACCAACAUCACCAACGUCCUCCCCGAAACCGUCCACACCACCAAGCUCUACGGGACCACCACCUUCAAGGACGCCCGGCACGCCGCCGAGGAGGAGAUCUACACCAACCUCAACCAGAAGAUCGACCAGUUCCUGCAGCUGGCAGACUACGACUGGAUGGCCCUGGAGCCGGGCAGCCGGGCCAGUGACUACCUGGUGGAUCUCAUCGGCUUCCUGCGCAGCACCUUCGCCGUGUUCACCCAUCUCCCGGGGAAGGUGGCCCAGACCGCCUGCAUGUCAGCCUGCAAACACCUCUCGACGUCGCUGCUGCAGCUGCUGCUGGAGGCCGAGGUCCGGCAGCUGACGCUGGGCGCCCUGCACCAGUUCAACCUGGACGUGGAGGAAUGCGAACAGUUUGCCAGAUCCGGCCCAGUGCCUGGGUUCCAAGGGGACACGCUGCAGUUGGCCUUCAUCGACUUGAGACAACUCCUGGAUCUGUUCAUCCAGUGGGAUUGGUCGACGUAUUUGGCCGACUACGGACAGCCCACGUGCAAGUACCUUCGUGUGAACCCCACCACAGCCCUCAUCCUGCUGGAAAAGAUGCGGGACACCAGCAGGAAAAACAACGUUUUCGCCCAAUUCCGGAAAAACGAGCGGGACAAGCAGAAGUUGAUCGACACCGUGGCCAAGCAGCUGCGCGGCCUCAUCAACAGCCACCACUCCUGAGGGGCUCGGGAUCUCCUUCCCGCUGCCUGGACUUCGGGAAUCUCGCUCGGAGAGAAGAUUUGUAUUUUUUUAUUCGCCUGGAAAGUCUCCGCGGAGCCUCCCCCCAACGGCAAAACGCUCCCGGUGGAACAAUCCCGGGAAAAGAGGUGGUGCCAGGGGUCUCCUGGAUAAGCUCCUAUUUUCAGGGGUUUAGGAAGGGGUGGGAAUUCUUGGAGCCUGGGAGAAGUUCACGCCCAGACUGGGUUGUGUUUUGGUUUUUGGUUUGUUUUUGGUUUUUUUGGCAAAGCCAAAGUGAAGGGAUCAUCCUGCCUUCCUUUUGUUAAUUUAUUCCCUUGGGAAACAGAGAAAUCUGGGAAGAGCCGUGGGUUUGGGUUCUCUGGGAAGAGGGUGACCCCGAGUGUGUCCUGUGGUUUGGAUUUAGGUAGGAAAAAGGGAUUUCCCAGGUUUUUCUCUCCUCUUUUCCACCUCCACGGGCUGAUUUCCACGUUAGUCCGCAAAUCCCUGGAAUCCCUUUCCCGCGUGUCCGUAACCAUCCCUGAGCUCCACUCCAGGACCUGCCAGGGGCUGUGGGAUCAUGGAGAAGGGACAGCCGAAGGAUAAUCUGGGAAUGUGCCCUGUGGCACCGCUCCGGAGCUGGGAUGCUGCUGGACACAUCCAUGGAAGGGGAGCCGGAGGGGACGGAUGCUCCACAGGGAUGGUGGGAAGGCACACCGGGAUCUCACGGAGUCCAGGAGGCGUUUUUCCCUCUCUUUUCCCAUCUUCCCUCUCCUCCUGAUGGUUCCAUGGGGAAAACUUGGCAGUGGGACAUUCCCCAUGGAGCAGCGCUGCUCCAAAGUGCCUGUGAAUAAAAUUCCCCCCAUCCCAAACAUCCCAGACAUCCUCUGCUCAAACCAGGCGGCCACCAACGGGAUUUAAUCCCAGUAUCCCAGUUCCAGAGGGGGAUUUUCACCCUUCUCAUCACCCUUCUGCCUUUAAUUCCUCACAUUAUCCAGCUGCAUUCCCAAAGCCUUGAAGGGAAUUCAGAUCCCCCUGGAUGUUGUUGCAGCCUUGGAAGUGCUGCUCCCGUGCCCAUUCCCAACCCUCGGGAUGCGCCAAUCCGGAGGUUCUGCCUUCCCGCCUUGCUCCACAGCAAUAUUUUGGGGCUGGUUUUCAUUUGGAGAAGGUUUGUUUGGCUCAAUCCCAAAAUUAAACGGGAACACGGUUGGGAACGACCCCCUGGAGCUCUUGGGCUGUCCCAGCCGCCUCCAGCUACAGGGACCAAGGGAUUAUUUUCAUCAGUAAGGGGGAAAACUUGCAAUUCCUAGGUUUUGGAGAGGGAUCGGGGGUUCCUUGUGAGCUCCUCUUGGAGGGAUUUGGAAGAGGGAUGGAGGGAAAAGCAGCAGGUGAAGGAAAGUUGGAGUCAGCGUGGCCAGAACGGGAUCAGCUUUGGAGACAUCUCUGGAAACGACCCAGAGGGACAAGGGAUGGGAGUUCUGGGAGUGGGACGGAGAAGGAGCAGAAGCCCUGGGGACACAGGGAAGGGAUUUUGUGCUGCCAUCCUGAAAUUCCGUUUUUCCCACCUAUGUUUCACUCCACGAGGCAUUCCCACAAAAAAUCCCCAGCACAGCCGAGGCAAGGCCUCCUUUCAGACACUCCAGGCAGCUCCCACCCUUCCCAAAUCCACGCUGGGCUCCAUUCCCAUCUCCCUGAGCUGUAAUUCCAGGAGCAGUGAACUGGGAUGGGUUUCCCCGCUCCUUCAGGCUCUCCUUGGAGAAACCAGCAUUGAGAUCCUCCAAACGGGCUCCCAGUGCUCAGGAUUUGCUGUUGGGAAAGUCAAAUCCGGCCAAGGGAGAGAUUCAGGGAGUUCCUGAUCUCGGGAGGUCAAGAGCCGGAACCGCAAGUCAGAGCCCGGGAUGAAAAAUGGGAUUUUGGGACUCUGGUCCCAAUUAACUUUUUGUUCUGAGAGAUGCGGCUCCAUCCCUUCCAAACAAAAUUAAUCUUUUAAACAGAUUGCCCCCCCCCAAAAAAAAACCCUGGAAGACAUCCCAAAUCCCUUCUCAGUCUCUUCCUAAUGAUGGGUGUCCUCCGACACGGAUGGAAUUGCUUAGGAGGGAAAAGUGGCUGCAGGGAAUUUAAAAGGGGGAGGAGGGGGUGAGAAACAGGGGCAGGACCCGAAUCCAAGAUCUCCAGCUUCCCAAAAUAAAUAAUGCUGCUCUCACACCUCGCUCCACACCCACUGAACAUUCCUUAGUGGGUUUUAUUUAUUAAGAAAAGAAAAUUAGAUUAUUCCGUAAUUUUUCCCGGCUCCAGCAAAUAUAUUCCAGCACCAGUGGGGGAAAAAAGUACAUUAAAACCCAAAUUCAGCUUCCCAAGAAGCUUCUUGCCUUCUUCAGGAGCUGUCAGGCAUUCCAGGAGUUGGGAAUAAUCCUAUAAAAGGUGUCCAAAGCGGGAAUUUGGAGCCAGGCCCAUCCGUAGGAUGUUCUCCCUGAGCCAUCAGCACGUGCGAGGUGGGAAUGGAGGGGUUUUCCUGGGAUUUUUUGGGUAUUCCUGAGGCUGCAGUCCAAGGCAGAUGCUCCCAGUGGUUUUUGCACUUUGUUCCAGAUCCAGCCCCAGCUCCCCCUCGGAUGGGGACGGGAGGAGUUGGGAAGAUGCUGUUUUGGGGUUGUUUUCCCCCGGAUUGGCUGUUUGGGGGAAGGUGGAAUUUCGGACGAGAGCUGUGGGAAGGGCCACGGUGGCCCCAAAUUCCUUGGACGGUUCUGGGAAGCGAGGCUGGGAUGGAGCCGGGGCCACUCCGGGGGCAUCGCUGCUGUCGCUUCCCUCACGCUGAAGUUUUGGCAUCAAAUCCCAACCAAAUUCCAAAUCCCGGGCAGAGAUUCCUCAGCCUUGGAUGUCUCCUGGCUCCACUGGGCUUUUCCCGUUAGUUCUGGGUUGGGUUUGCUGCUUUUGUGGACCUUGAAGGGGUUUGGAGCAUCCAAACUCCAUCCCGCGCUCCGGUUGGAUUCGAGUCCCAUCCCUGGGAGCUGCAGGAUUUUUGGGAUCUCUGUCCCAUUUUUCCUACAGCUCCGUGGGGCUGGAGACCCCUCAUAUCCCACCCCCCAGCACCAUUCCAUGUUUAUCCCACUGCUGGCAGCCCCCAGGGAACACAAAUCCCAUAAAUCCCAUCUCAAAUGACUCCAGGAUGAUCCUAGCUCUGCUGCCCACUGGGAACGCCGUGGAUCAGAGGGAAGUGACCCAAAACCACCAGGAUUGGCUGGGAUUCACCCCAAAAAUGCUGGGAUGGAGGCGGGGAGCUCAGGGGAGUUUGCUUCACCCCAAAGCUGCUGCUCCAAUCUCUCGGCCCCAGGGCUGGAUUUGGGAAGCUUUUCCCAGAGCUGGGAUCCAUCCCCACCUGCAGCUUCCCAAAAAUUCCAUGGACAGCUCUGGAAUCCUGCCCUGUCCCAGCUGAUCCCUGCCUUGGCUCAUCCCCCAGAUUCUGUUUUUCCAGGAAAAGCCCCCCCAGCUCUCCCAUCCCACAUCCCAUCCCUCCCUGUCCACCGGGGUUGCCUUUUCCCGUUGAUUUUGGGGUGGAAGGACCUGAUUUUGGGAACCAAGGUGGUGAAAACAGCUUUUUUUGCACAAGUCGUUGCACAAUAAGGGGAAAAUUUAGCAAAUUAGGUUUAACUUUAAAGGGAAUUUUGUUGUUUUGUUGGUUUGGUUUUUUUUUUUUUCUCCUUUAAAACUCGCUAGCAGAGCUACUGAUUCCAAGAGGAAGAAGAGCUGGAAUGGCUGGAGAAAGGACUGCAUGGUUUACAGGUUCAAUUCUGUUAGAAAUUAGCAUGUUGGACAUUUAUCCUGGUGUAAUUCCAAUUAAACAAAUACAGCAUUUA